GACUGGUGUAGGAGCUCAAGUUCUUGGUUUCUUCUUCUUGCCGGUGGAGCAACCUAGUAAUGCAAGUGACGGUUCUGAAGACCUAUUUUGAUGAGAGUUCAUCAGGCGCUACUGCCAAAGAUUAGUUCUUAUCCAAUUCAAUACAACUUUUGUAAUGAAAUAUUGAUUGGGAGGUUGAAUUAAAUCCAGUUACUUAUUGGAUUUUAUUUUUAUUUUUACUGAUAAUGUUGCAGAUUAUUAAUGGAAAACUGUGUGAUUUUAUUUUUAUCUAUACAGUCCGGCUCAAAAGGAUAGAUAGAGAUUCUCCUGCGUUACCAUUGAACUUCAAAACAAACCCUCUGUGUUACUCCAUCACUGUCACGAACUUGAAAUGCACGCCACCGGUUGAUACUGAAUCCACUCUUCUGUUACUGAUCGCUAACGUCUCACCACACCCACAGACCCACUCCGUUUACUAUACAGAGAGAUCCAAAUUGGUCACCAAAUCCAUGACCAAAACCAAACUCACCAUUUUCUCAUUGCUUUUGCUAUUUAGAUCCAACUGAGAGCAUUAACUGUUCGUUCAAGGAAAUGAUGGUGGAGAACUUGCCGUUAGGAGGCCGGUUCCACCACCAAAGGCUGGACCUCAAGCGGUGGAUCCCACAAUUCCUCAUAUCUCACAAGACUCUCUUCACAGUUCUCUGGAUCGCCGCCUUUGGUUCUGUAUUUCUGUGGCAGCGGAAUUCGGUGGGCGGAUUGUCGCUCUUCUGGUGGGGGACACCGGCCAGGCCGAUGCCACGCCUCCGCCCUGUCGCGUUUAAUUUGACGGAUUUUGGCGGCGUCGGGGAUGGGGUCACUGUUAAUACGGAAGCGUUCGAGAGGGCGAUCUCGGCGAUAUCCAAGUUAGGGAAGAAAGGCGGUGGGCAGCUCAAUGUGCCGCCGGGAAAGUGGCUUACGGCACCGUUUAAUCUCACUAGUCAUAUGACUUUGUUUCUCGCUCAGGAUGCAGUUAUACUCGGAGUUCAGGAUGAGAAGUAUUGGCCACUGAUGCCACCAUUGCCUUCAUAUGGGUAUGGGAGAGAACAUCCUGGACCUCGAUAUGGAAGUCUGAUACAUGGUCAAAAUCUCAAAGAUGUUGUAAUAACAGGGCAUAAUGGUACCAUAAAUGGACAGGGUCAAUAUUGGUGGAAAAAAUAUCGGCAAAAGCUUCUCAACCAUACUAGGGGCCCACUUGUGCAGAUAAUGUGGUCAAGUGACAUUUUGAUCUCUAAUAUAACAUUGCGUGAUUCCCCAUUUUGGACUCUCCACCCAUAUGACUGCAAGAAUGUAACAAUCAGGAAUGUCACAAUCCUGGCUCCUAUAUUUGAAGCUCCAAAUACUGACGGAAUUGAUCCUGAUUCAUGUGAGGAUAUGGUAAUUGAGGAUUGUUACAUAAGUGUUGGGGAUGAUGGGAUUGCAAUAAAGAGUGGAUGGGACCGGCAUGGGAUUUCAUAUGGACGACCUUCGAUGAACAUUCUCAUCCGCAAUCUUGUUGUUCGCUCGAUGGUCAGCGCUGGCGUAUCAAUUGGCAGUGAGAUGUCUGGCGGAGUAUCAAAUGUUACCUUGGAGAAUGUCCUUGUUUGGGGUUCAAGGCGUGCAGUCCGGAUCAAAACUGCUCCUGGAAGGGGUGGAUAUGUCAGACAUAUAGUGUAUCGAAAUUUGACAUUUGAUAAUGUGCGAGUAGGGAUUGUCAUAAAGACGGAUUACAAUGAGCACCCUGAAGACGGGUAUGAUCCGAAGGCUCUCCCAGUUCUUGAAGACUUCAGCUUCACUGGGAUCCAUGGUCAGGGAGUUCGUGUACCUGUGCGUAUCCAUGGAAGUGAAGAAAUUCCGGUUAGGAAUGUGACUUUCCGGGACAUGUCGGUUGGAAUCACCUACAAGAAGAAGCAUAUAUUUCAGUGUGCCUUCAUCCAAGGUCGUGUUAUAGGUAGCAUAUUCCCUUCCCCAUGUGAUAAUCUUGACCGGUAUGAUGAGCAAGAAAACCUUGUCAAGCGCUCUGCCUCCCAGAACAUAACGGACAUUGAUUAUGAUUUUUGACAAGAUGACAGGCUCUACCUUUUCCCUCUCUCCCUCCCUCUCAAUAUCCGUACUUUUAGAAGAUUGAUGUAAUUUGUAUGGGGUGAGGUGGAACAUCUUUUUCAUGAAAUCUUUUUUGGAUUUGUAUAUACAGAAAAUUCUGCCAUACGUUUUGAGGUUAGUAAAAUGCAGAGUUUACGGUCCAAA